AACGCUGCUGCUGCUGGCGCUGGCCACCGCCAAAGCCUCCGCGCUGCACAGCGCCACCCCAAACAGCACCACCGCCGCCGCCACCCCCACUGCCGCCGCCGCCGCCGCCUCCACCUCCACCACCGCCACCGAAGCCCCCACUCCCACCUCCACCCCCGCCUAAACCCCCACCCCCUCCACCACCUCCACCGCCACCACCGCCGCCCCCGCCGUCCCCUCCACCACCCUUGCCCCCCUUGCCCUUGCCGCCGCGGCGCCUCCCACUAG